UUGUUCAACAUAAGGUCGGCUUGCAGUUGCCUGAAAGUUAAAUUCGUUAUCUGAUGCUUGGUGCAUGCCAGAAGUUUUAUCAUAAAUCGCUGAAUGUCGGUUCCGCCUCCUGUCCUGAAAGAGCGUCACUUCAAAAAGAUGCGUUCACGUACUCACCGGAGUUUGAACGGUACGGACACGUCGUCAUCUGAACUGGAGGAGCAUAGGUUUAAAGAGUCGUAGCUGCAGUGACUGACUGUUAAAACCACCCAACCUGAACAGCAGCACACUUUACAAGACGUCAGCUUAAGUUAUCAGGGAUCGAGACAAUGACUGAGACAAGUACAGCUACACCUUUCUCAUACACCAACACACACCUUUCAUCAAAUGUAUCUAGAAACAGUUCUUUGAACAGGAAUGAGGAUGAGUAUGCCCAGGUCAGACAGUUUCUCCACACCAUGUCAAUCAUUGUGUUCUGUCUGGCCUUCAUUUUUGGGGUGCUGGGAAACGGACUGGUGAUCUGGGUGAUCGGGUUCAAGAUGAAGCUAAAUGCGACCACAUUCUGGUUCCUCAACUUGGCCGUGGCUGACAUCCUCUUCACAGCGUUCCUGCCCCUCAGUGUGGUACAUACUACCAUGCAUUACCACUGGCCAUUCAGCAAGUUCAUGUGCAAAUUCCAUAGCACCAAUUACGUACUGAACAUGUUUGCCAGCGUCUACAUCCUGGUUAUCAUCAGUGUGGACAGAUGUGUGUGUGUGGUGUGGCCGGUGUGGGCUCAGAACCACCGAAGUGUACGCAAAGCAUCCUGUGUGAGUGUAGGGGUUUGGGUGCUGGCUGUGGUCCUCAGUGCUCCACACUUCUUCUUGAGGGACACUGCACCUUCAUAUCACAACAGAGACAUUAUCUACUGCUACAACAACUAUGCUUUUUCAGAUGGUUUUGUAACACCGUCUGUGCUUCAGCUGCGACACAGAGCCAUGACUAUUUCUCGCAUCAUCUUUGGAUUUGUUGUCCCCUUCACUGUCAUUGUCUCCUCUUAUGCUGUGAUAAUAUAUUGUCUGAGGAACCAUGCAUUUGCAAACCAGUCAGGUCGCACCUUUAAGAUCAUUAUCGCCAUCAUCAUCACUUUUUUUCUGUGCUGCGUUCCCUAUCACAUCAUGACCCUAAUUGACAUGCUGAGAAUGCACAUGGCUAAACCUCCAAAAUCCUUAGUCCACGUCCUCGUUAUUGGGGCCCCCAUAGCCACCAGUCUGGCCUAUUUCAACAGCUGCAUGAACCCACUGCUCUAUGUGUUCAUAGGCCAUGAUUUUAAGAAUAAAGUUUGCAAAUCUGUCCUUAAGAUCCUUGAGAAUGCCUUCCAGGAAGAGGGGUCUCGCUCUCAGACAUACACAAAGACAGUGACUACAAGUCAGAGUAAGGACAAGUCAGUUUCUGACACUAUGGUUUAAGAUUUUCAUAUGAAAGCAUUCUGUAGCUGCACAUAUAAGCUUUUUACAGCUAGUUGCUGUUAAUUUUUUUAUGUGGAAAGAGAAUUCCAUUUCAUUGGCUAAGAGGUCUACUUAAGGAUGCACCUACUGGAAUCAAAAUCUGAUAGAACAGAUUGAUGCUAGAUACAAGUUAGUUAUUGCUUGCUCUACCACAUAACAAAAAUCAGUAAAAUGUUGGGAAUUCUACAGAAAAUUUGGCCUAUUUAUGUAAAGGGCAUUCAAGGGAUUAUAGCAUUUACAUAAUUUGACAAAGGGCAUUAUUUAUUGUUUUUAUUACAUAAAGUAUGCUACUGUGACUUCACCCCUUCUUGCAAAACCUCAACUUCUCCGUUCCCAUGCAGCUAAACCCAACUUCCCUUUUAGGGUGUGUGAUUGGGGACAUGAUGAUGCCCACAGGAGUCCUCUCUAUUUGUACUAUGUCUGUGUGCAUAACAUGUUUUGUACUGUUACAGUUUUGACCUGGUUGUUUGUGAGGUUAUGUUCAUAAUUUUACCAGCCUGUAUGCAUAUGGCUUGUAUAGUGCAUGUGGCAACUAGUUUUCACGUAUUCACCGGAGUUUGAACGGUGCAGACACAUCGUCAUCUGAACUAGAGGAGCAUAGGUUUAAAGAGCCAAGUAAAGACAAAGUUAUAUAAUAAUAAUAAUAAUAAUAAUAAUAAUUAUUAUUAUUAUUAUUAUUAUUAUUAUUAUUAUUAUUAUUAGUAGUAGUAGUAGUAGUAGUAGUAUUAGUAUUAGUAUUAUAUUAAUAAUAAUACAGGGCCAGGAAAAUUUGGGUAACAUGGAAGAGUUUUGCAAAAGCAAGCCAUAGAAAAUGUUUGUACAUGUCACAUUUACUGAUAAAAUCAUGUAAUUCUCUCUCAUGCUGAUUAAUGAUGGUAAUAAAAGGGUCUAUAACCAAAUCAUGUUUCAUUGGAAAAUAACUUUUGAAGCUUUAGUGGACUGCUGGUGAUGUUCUCAGUUAAUGGAAAUAGUUUUAAUAUCUCUAUGUUUCUGUUGUUUAUGUUUGGAUGGUUGGGCUUUUGUUGUAUUUUAGGUUUUUGAUUUAGUGUUUCAUUUUGUUCAUUUAUUUUUAAGUGUUAUAUAACUGAUAAAAUUUCUUGGCCUUCUACAGCCGGCCAUAUCUAGUGCAAUACAUUUAUAAGUCAACAAAAGAAUAAACUUAAUUUCUUCUACAUGGAAACAAUACUGAUUGAAAGAUGGACUUAAAAAACAAGUCACUCAAAUCUGUGUUAUAUAAACCAAGACUUAAAAAUGCUAUGUUAACCUUCAUCCUACCAUGACAGUUUACAUACAAAACUUACCAAGUGGGGUCUUUUAUGACCCCAGUCUUAUUUUGGAUGCAAUUCAGUAUGAACUGAUAAAAAUUGUCAUGAUAUGUCACUUAGUCAAAUAGUUAGUAUUUAGCAAUGUAACCAAAGUAUAAAAAUACAUUUUAUAGUGAUGUUUAUUGUGAAAUGGUCAAUGGAACAAUCAGCAAACAACUAAUUUGACAAAUGCUUGUGCAGCAGUAUAUCGAGCAGUUCUAUCUCUCAAAGCCAUAUUUCACUGUAAAGGAAAAGAAUAUCAUGUUACAGAUAGAUUAUUACAGGUAAGUAUGUUAGAAAACAUAUGUGUCAUCAGACACAUACUGCCAA